GCUCUUGCCCCUGGGAAGAGAAUAGUUGCUGUGGAUUGUGCAACCCUCGCCUCCCCCCAGGCGUGGCCACGUCGCGCGGGAGCGCGCCUCGUCUCAGCCCGGCCCGAUUCUAACCGAGAGAGAAAAGGAAGUGGCGCCACAGGGAGAAAAAUAAAGGACGAGCAAACCUUUACCUCACACACACACACAAACCUACAACCCUCACGCCAAAAUCACAACCUUGCCGCGAUGGCUGCCAUUCGCAAAAAACUCGUUAUAGUUGGUGAUGGUGCUUGUGGCAAGACAUGUCUACUCAUUGUCUUCAGUAAGGAUCAGUUCCCUGAGGUGUACGUUCCAACGGUUUUUGAAAAUUAUGUAGCAGAUAUUGAAGUGGAUGGAAAGCAGGUUGAACUGGCUCUUUGGGACACAGCAGGACAGGAAGAUUAUGAUCGACUUCGGCCUCUCUCCUAUCCAGAUACAGAUGUAAUUCUAAUGUGUUUUUCAAUCGAUAGUCCUGACAGUUUGGAAAAUAUUCCAGAGAAGUGGACUCCAGAAGUGAAACAUUUUUGCCCUAGUGUGCCCAUUAUCCUUGUUGGGAACAAAAAGGAUUUGAGGAACGAUGAGCACACACGAAGGGAACUGGCAAAGAUGAAGCAGGAGCCUGUGAAACCCGAAGAAGGCAAAGAGAUGGUCACCAAGAUUUGUGCGUACGGCUACAUGGAAUGCUCGGCAAAAACUAAAGAUGGUGUGAGGGAAGUUUUCGAAAUGGCCACAAGGGCUGCCCUGCAAGCAAAGCGCCCGAGGCACAAGGCGUUUUGUAGUGUUCUAUAAGGCACAAAUGCAAGACCAGUGCACCCUACCAUAUAUUUACAGUCACUUGAUUUAAAAAAACAACCUUGAAUUGGUGUUUGUUAAACCUAGUAAGAUAGUGUCUUGAUUAUUCCGGCCUCUCAUUUGAUCUAUAUACUGUCCCUGACAUCUCUGUUUGCUACCAAUAUUUAAAAGCCAACAAAGGCAGUUUUUUAUUUCUAGUUCAGUGGUGUACUGAUGUGUAGUUAUGGUCAUUUUUACAGUAUGCAUGUAUCCAUCUAAACUUUGGUUAAAUAUUACUGUAGCUUUUUUUUAAAAACCUAUCCACUUUACAUGGUCAGUAGGUGCAGCCUUACUGGUAAGAAAAAGCACUCUUGUCAGCUUGUAUUUCUUGACAUAGAACCAAACUAAGAAAUUAGUUUGCCAUCACUGUUUAUAGAUGUAGCUUGAUUCGACUUUUGUAUAAUUGGAUUUCUUAAUGCUAAUACUGUAGCCUAAACUGAAAUUUUUAAAUGUAUUGUGGGGGGGGGGGGGGGG